CAGCCUGCCAGGGUAAACUCGGGGCCAAAAAUAUAUAACGUACGUACGUCAUUACGUUUGUCUCAUACCUCAGUUAUCGCGAGAAAAUACGACAACUGCAUUUGAAAACAGGCGGCAGUGUUGCGGGAAGAAAUCAGAGAAAGGAAAGAUGACUGCGGACAAUGAAAUGGACAUUAAAGAGGCGUUUCAACGCGCUCAGAAGGGCCACAAUAACAAGGCAAAGCUGGUGGCAAGCCUGAGGAGCCGCUACAACAAGCUUGAGGAUAAGACACUGUUCCAUGAGGAGUUUGUCCACUACCUGAAAUACGCCAUGAUUGUCUACAAACGUGAACCUGCAGUUGAAAAUGUCAUUGAGUUUGUUGCAAGAUUCGCGACAAGUUUCCAGAAGGAGGAGGAGGAACAGCAGGAGAAUGAGGAGGAGGAAGAGGAAGAAGAGGAAGAAGAAGCAGCUGAGGAUGAUCAUCCAUUUCUGAGUUUCAUUUUCAACUUCCUGUUGGAGUCUCAUAAAGCCAAUAGCCAUGCGGUGCGUUUUCGUGCGUGCCAGCUGAUCAACAAACUGCUGGGCAGUAUGUCAGAGAAUGCCCAGAUAGAUGAUGACCUCUUUGAUCGCAUCCACCAAGCCAUGCUGGUCCGUGUCACUGACAAAUUCCCUAAUGUGAGGAUUCAGGCUGCUUUGGCCAUGACGCGUCUACAACAGCCAAAGGAUCCUGACUGUCCAACCACCAGCGCAUACCUGCUGAUUCUCGAAAAUGAUAGUAAUGCUGAGGUGCGGCGUGCUGUUCUUUCCUGCAUUGCAAUGUCCCCUCGCACCCUCCCCAAAGUAAUCAAGCGCACGCGGGACAUCAAGGAGAACGUCCGCAAGCUAGCCUACCAGGUUCUGGCUGACAAGGUUCAUAUUAAAGCCUUGACCAUCGCACAGAGAGUUAGUCUUCUGCAGCAGGGUCUCCAUGAUACCUCAGAAGCGGUGAGGGAGGUGGUUUGCUCUCGUCUACUGCCGGCCUGGCUACUUCGGCUGGAAGGUAACAUUGUAGAGAUGCUCCACAGGCUGGAUGUAGAGAACUGUGCACAAACAGCUCUGGAAACACUGAAAGCCAUCUUUAAAGGCACACCAACUGAAGAGCUCCUUCAGAACAGAGUGCAGCUCGACAACCGGAAGCUGAUCCCAGAGGACUCGCUGUCCUGUGAGAGUGUGCUUUACUGGAGAGCUCUGUGCGAGUUCAUCAAGGCUAAAGGAGAUGAUGGUGAUGAAAUGCUGGAGCAAGUGUUACCAGACUCUGCCACUUAUGCCGACUACCUUUAUGGAUAUCUGAAGGCAGUGCCUGUGCUGUCAGAGGAACAGAGGGCCGACUUCAACCAGCUGGAGCUGGUCAUGACCAAGGAGUUCAUUUCCCAACAGCUCAUCCAUCUCAUUGGAUGUCUGGACACCAAUGAAGAGGGCGGCAGGAAGCGCGUAUUGGCAGUCCUGCAAGAAAUGUUGGCUCUUCCACAGACUCCCUCCUCCUUGGUCUCUCUUCUCACUGAGAAACUCCUCACACUCAUUCCUGAUGACCACAAACGCAUCCAGACUGUGGCAGAAAUCAUCUCAGAUGUGAGGGAGCCCAUCAUGGAGGCCAGUCGGCCUGCAGAUGAGAACGAGAACCGCCGGCAGCAGAUCCAGCUAGCAGAGGUGAAGGUGCGUAUCUUGGAGGCCAAACAAACCCUGGAGGAUUGUAUCACCGCCCAGGAAUUCAGCCGUGCUGCAGAGUUAAAGGACUCCAUCACAGAGCUCGAGAACCGCAGGAACCAAGUCAUCCAGGAAAUCGCAGAGAGCAGCCAGCCGGCCGACAAGGAGAUCCGCACCGAGAAGAAUGACCCGGAGACUCUUCUGAGAUGUCUUACAAUGUGUGCAGAACUGCUGAAGCAAAUGAGCAUCAAGACACGAAUUGGUCCAACUAUGAGUGCCUUAAUGUCCUCACUGAUCCUGCCCAGUAUAGCAAAUGCUCACCCUGCUGUCCGUAACAUGGCCGUGGUGUGUCUGGGAACAUGCACUCUGCACAGCAAGGAGCUGGCUAAAACCCACAUGGUCCUGCUGCUACAGAUUGCCCAGCUGGAUGAAGUUAAGAUCCGUAUCAGUGCUCUGCGGGCCAUCAUCGACCUCCUGCUGCUGUUUGGUUUUCAGCUGCUCUCUGAAGCAGCUGCCCCUCAGACAGCCCUGCCCUCCCAGUCACCAGACAGACAGGAGGAGGACCCACUGGUGACUGAGGAGAAAGGAGAUGGACCUGAGGACAGCGCACAGAGUACACUUGUGAUGCUUUCUGAGUUCCUGGACAGUGAGGUGUCUGACCUGCGUACAGAGACAGCGGAGGGCCUUGCCAAACUAAUGUACACCGGCCGUAUCGCCAGCGCCAAGAUGCUCUCCCGUCUGGUGUUGCUGUGGUACAAUCCCCUCACUGAGGAUGACACUCGACUGCGGCACUGCCUCGGCGUCUUCUUCCAGCUCUAUGCCCGCGAGAGCAGGGUCCACCAGGAGGUUGUGGAGGAGAGUUUCCUGCCGACUGUUCGGACUCUGAUGAAUGCCCCAGCCACUUCACCACUAGCUGAGGUGGAUAUCAACAAUGUAGUCGAGCUGUUUGUGGAGCUCACCCGUCCAAGUGCACUUAUCAAGCCGUCAACUAACACAGAGGAGGUGUGCGUCCAUGACUACUUGGCGGUGCGUAUGUGUGGAGAGAUGCUGAAGGACCCCACAGCCCCCGAGGUGCGUCUCUAUGCCAAGACUCUCAGCAACCUGGAGCUCAGCAGAGAUGAGACUGUCAGGAAGGACCUGCAGACGCUGCUGCAGCAGCUUGUACAGGUGGUGAAGGACCGUGUCUGUCUCCGCGCUCUGGAGAAGAUGAUUUAUCAGCUGGUGGACUCAAAAGAACAGGCCGAGCUCCUCAGCGCCAGCGCGCUACAACCGCUGGACGUCAAUGCAGAUGAGGCUGCAACAGACGAUUUAUCUAAAUCUGCCAAGAGAGCCAAAAGAGGUCAGAGGAAAACCUGCGCAGCCAAAGGAGGCAGAAAGCCGAGCAGGAGAGCAGAAUCAUCAGAGGAGAGUGAUGGAGAGAAUGUUCCAGAGUCAGUCCCUGUGGUGCGACCCUCACGGAGGGCCAAGACUGCAGCUCUGGAUAAGACAAAGUUGGACCUCAACCCUCUCAUCAACCAGGAGGCCAAUGUGUCAUAGGAGUUUGUUUAUGGAGUUGAAAUAAGUUCUUUUUAAAUCUUUGAGCACUCCAGUCUAACAUAACUCACAUAUACUUUAGUUGUGGGAAUAUUUAGUUUUAUAGUACAAUGACAUUAGUCAUUGUAACUGAACCUGCUACAUCUGACUUAAUAGUCUGAAAAAUAGGUUCACCUCUUUAUAUGUUGUCAUAUUUCUUCUCAAGUUGUUGUCUGUGUUUGCCAGUUUCACAUUCUGUUAUUUUAAUCAUUAAACUCAAACAUGUUAAUAUAA